AACAAAUUUGAUUGGUCAAGAGGAGUCCUUGACGUUCAGCUGGAAACAAACUUUGGAAUAUUUUCACAUUUUGCCAAAAUAUUUGAUAUUUGAACGUUUGUGAAGAAUUAGGCUGCUAUGGAUGAAGUUUUGUUUUGAGCUAUGAAAGUUCCAAGCCACCAUUCCAGAGAACAAGUUAGCAUGGCAGAUUCAACCAACAUGACCAGGGGACUACUCACCCCAAAUGCCACAGUUGAUAAAUCAAAGAAAAUGUUGAGCCCAGGCACUCGAAAAAAAUUUGGUGGUGCAACAAGAACAUUUAAUGUACCGCUUAUGGAGCUUGUGCAAAGAGCACCGCAAGGAUAUAAAGUGCCGUAUAUCGUAAAGAAGAUCUGCACAUACAUAGAACAUCACGGACUUGAACAUGAAGGUAUAUUUAGAGUGAAUGGAAGUCAGCGUGUAGUGGAGAAAAUGAGGGCGAGCUUUGACCUUCAUGGUGAUGCUAACUUUGAGGAGGAUCAUGAUGUUAUGGCAGUUGCAGGGCUUCUUAAACUCUUCCUGCGUGAGCUGCCAGAAUCCUGUAUCCCAGAACACCUGACUAAAAAAUUUGUUAUUGUUCAAGAAGAAAAUCAACGGAAUGCUAAAGAGUGUGUAUCCCAGUUGAAAGUGUUGUUGAAAGAGUUGCCAGAGGAACAUUACGACCUCCUGAAACACGUCAUCCGGUUCCUGGUCAUUGUAUCUUGUAAUGAAGGGGAGAACAAGAUGAGCCCUAUGGCUUUGGCUAUUGUGUUUGGACCCAAUCUUUUCAGAUGUGGUAAAGGCUUUGUGGCCUUAAAGGACCAGGGCUCCACCAACCAGAUUGUGUACAGGUUCAUAGUGGAAUACAACAGUUUGUUUAAAGAAGCCACAGAAGACCCACCAGCCGUUUACUGGGAGAGGAAAAAGCACAAUUUAGUCCCGCCCCGACCUCCCCCUCCCAAGUUUGCACCUGAGGAGAUAGAGGUAAACUCGAAACCCACACCAGUGCCUAGGAAGAGCAAGUUGAAGGGUCAUGACGGUUUCCAUGUGCCGGAGAUAGAGGAACCAGACCAUAGCGAGAGUUCCAUUUCCUCCAAGGGACGUUACUCUCACUCGUACAGUAGUCCAAACUUCAGCGAUGAUGAAAUGACUGGCAGAUUGUCCCCAUUCCAUUUAGACAGUGACAGUGGUUUCAGUCUGGUUGAAUCACCUGUACCAUCAGCAAGAACUUCAGAGUUUGUGGAUAAAGCCAUAAAAGCAACUGUGAUAGGACAUUUAUUUGGUGACGAGUCAUCACUUCUGAAUGCUAGUAUAGAUACAACAAUUAGAGAGGACCAAAGUGAACCAGCUGCAGAUUUACAUGUAUUUAGUAACAGUAGCCAAAAUGAUCUCAAUAGUACUCCGGUGAAUGCUGGUGUGAAAGAUCGAAUGAAAAUGUUCGAGACGUCCAAUAACCAGGACAAUGAUGCUUUAACAAAACCUGUGAAACAGAAACCUAAAUCGAAGGCAUUUGAAAUGUUCGAGAAUAAAGGCAUUAUCAUAACUCAGGUACUAUUGAUAUUUGGCUAUUAUGUUUGUUUGUUUAAGAAACCAGCAGGGCCUCCCAAUCGUCGCUCACCAAGCCGUAGACUGCGUAAAAAUUCCAUGGAUAUGGAUGAAGAGUUUAUGGAUCAGCAAGAUGAUCUUGAAAUCAUACCUAAUGGUACAGUUAAACAGAACGGAGUGAUUGACGGACCGAAAUCUAGGGAACACCGAACUGAUGUGGAUGUUAAUCAGAAUGAUGCUAGAGCUCGAAUAGCAUUCCUCGAUAUUCGGCAAGAACCCUGCUUGAAGAAGAAAAUCCGACAGUUUGAAGAGGCGUUUGAAAAGGAGGGAAAGCCAUCGCAUGCUGAGAAGGCAGCUAAACCAGAGAUAAAGAAGUUUAUGAUGGAGCUGAGUAGGACAAGAAAAGAAGCUAAAAAAUUGAAAGAAGAGGCUGAGAUGGGUUCACGGUCCCGGCAUGGUAGUGGUGCUUCCUCCACAGGUGAGCGGACGGAUCCGCCUGACUUCCUCCUAAAUGAUCCGAGUAUGUCACAGACAUUGGAUGUAAUACUGAAAAAGCUGAAAGAGAAAAGGAAAGAGUCCCAGAGGCCUGAGGAUAUUGAGCUGAUGAAACAUGAACAGGUACAGGAUGAGAAACUGGCAGUACAGAAAGCUCUACUUCAUUUUGAAGGAAUUCAUGGCCGACCGAAAUCGAAAGAUGAAAAAGAUUUGAUGAGACCACUUUAUGAUAGAUACCGAACAAUAAAACGAUUGUUGUCACGGCAACCAAUGUCACCAAGAGGAAACUUGGAGCUUCAGUCAGUUCCUGAAGAUAAACCUAUUGAUAUUCACUCAAAAUUUGAUGAGGAGCACAUUUUUUCUGAGAACAGACAGACCAUGUCAAUCCGAGUGCCGACAGCGGUAAUGGAGAAUGACGAGGAAGAUGAACAUGUGGCACCACUUGGUACGAUGGAAUUUGCCGUCACGCGGGACUUCUCAAUAUUGAAACAACGGCCGCUAUCAGUGGAUGACCAGGGACCUCAUUCUCCGAAAGCUCGUCGGAAACUGGAGUUACGGGAAGACAUAGAAAAUAGAAACACAACACACUCAAAUCUCCAUGAAUUAGCUGUGCCUGAAUUACAGGAUGAGCUUAUUCGGUCUCGGAAUACAAAGAAAAGAUUAAGGAAAACACUUCGAGAUUUUGAAGAAGCUUUUCACAGAAAAACAGGAAGAAAAGUUGUUAGAGAUGACAGAAUACCUAUGCAAACAGAAUAUAAUGAAUAUAAGCAAAUAAAAGCCAGAUUAAAGUUAUUGGAAGCCCUAUUGUCAAAACAUCAUCAUUCAGACCUCUAGUCAGAACGCACACUCUCCCAGUUCAUAGGAGAGAGAGACAGAACCAAUGUUGUGAUAUUGCAGCCCUGAGCUAACCAGUGACCAGUUGUGAAGUUACGUUCAGCGGUUGUUUCUUAGUGCCUACAUGUUGUGCAUGUGUAUAAGCCAUUGUGUAUGUGGCAUUUACUAUGUUACGGCUUCCAAGUAGAUAUAUAUAUGCUCAUUCUUACAAUUUAUUGGAGAAAAGUCGAAAUCAUCAGAUACGUUAUGUCACUUGAACUACACGUAAUGUCUACUUUUUGAUUGAUGUCCAGAAAUAACGUGCAGACAGGUGCUGAAAGUGGUACUUCGAUGUUUUGAGGGAUAAACGAGUGGUAUUUAAAAAUUCAUUUUUGCGGCGCCAUAAAUUCAUUUCCAGAGCAUGCCAGCAGAUUGAAUAGUAGCGUCACACAUGGUUUGACAGUCAUUUGUUUAAUGGUGUCAACAAAAAUGCUGUGGGGAAUUGAACAAAGAUUGUUCUUGUGUUGAAAGAUCUUCAUUUUUGUUUGGCUGAUAUAAAUUGAAAUUUUGUCAUUUGUGCAAACAAAGUGGGGUAUAUAUCAUGGGUAAAGAUAUGUUUUGGGGUAUAUUGAGUAAGAGAUAUUUUUUGGGGUAUAUUAUGUUUAAAUUGAGGGAACAAAGCUUUAGUGCCAAAGGUAUAGUGAUAUAGUGAGAGUGUAGGGGGAUGCAUUGAGUGUGGGGGGUACAUAGUUGCCAUAGUUAUCCAAGAGUAAAAAGGAAGAUAUUACAUCAUGUGUAAUAUAUAUUGUUAUUUACUCGCUUGCAGUAUCAUACAUUUAGUUUAAACUUUGUCAAAGAUUUCAUGAAGCAAUAAUAAACACUUAGUCAUUUCCAUUGUAAAUGAGUGUAAGCACCAUAAUAUGUUCAUUUGAAAUCAGGAUGUGCUAGGUUCGGAAGACAAAGAUAACUGUACUGGUUUCGAAGCAGUUUCCGUCAUAAAAUGAAAGUUUUUAAAAUAUCUUUUUUCUUGAACGUUUCAGUUCCGUAAAAUGCUCCCAAAGAGAACACCUUAGCUCUUCUGCUUUACGAAAACAUGAAUAUCAAUAGUGUCUAGCGCACGUGAUAACACACAGAAGGGCUCCAAAAGGGGUGAAUAAAUAGAGCUGAAUCGGUUGAUAACAGAAGCAGUUUCCGUCAUCAAUUUUUGUUUUAAUAUUUAUGUACAUUUUUACAGUGAAUACGACUAGAAAAGCACCAUUCGUGUUUUUUUUAAUCUUUCUGGUGAAAUUUAUUAAUACAAUUUUAAGAAAUUUGAAGGUUCAUGUGUUAAAUUAGGCUUGUUGAUAAUAGGAGGUAAAAAAAAGCAAAACCUGAGACUCGAACUCGCGAUCUCAUGCUUGUGAAGCCGAUGUUCUACCGAUGCACAAAAAUGACUCAUUUUUAUCUUUAUUAUGUAUUUUUGGUAAAUCAUCUGGUUUCGACUGCCAAAAGGAGGAACUUUCAACUUAAUUGGGGAUUACGGAAUUAUUCUUUGCGCAUGCGCAUUGGUUGCACGUGAAAUCCCCCAUGUGCGGAAUGUAAACAAAACAAUUAUGGAAUGAACAAUUUGAGUUUUCUUGAAAAGUUUUUACCCUUUGUUGCUGAAAUUUCACAGAGCUCUGGAUUGAAGGGUAGUGUUAUGGAAACAAUCUCGACUUCAUUGUGAAGAACGUCACCAAACGUAAAAUAACGCGUUGACGGAUACUACUAGCCGACGGAAACUGCUUCAAAACCAGUAUUGGUGUUAGAGGCAGAUAAUUUUAAUUAAUUCCCUUUUAUUCCUAUAUGUUCCUUAUUUAUUUAAUUACUUACCUUUUAUUCCAGUAUGUUCCUUAUUUUUGAAUUCUACAAUUUGAUACAAGUCGAAAUUUAAAAUCAUUUAUGAAAUAUAUCUUUGUUGUUAGUUUUGCAAUGAAGACAUGUUGACUUCAUUUUGAAUAUGUAUUUAGAUAAUGCCUCACCAGUGGGAGACACUUUGAAUGUUCAGAGUGUAUGAUAGAUAUGGUUUAAAGGAAUGUUAGAAUUUCUGUUGAAUUAUUAUCAGUUAGUUACCACCAUGUUAAAACCAAACUGUAUACUUUAUUUAUUUUGGGUAACUUUUUACUACACUGCUUAAAUUUGAGGGUAAUGUUGUAAACUUAAAAUUGUCUUUGACAAGGUUAAAGAAGUGUCAACCAAACAUGUUUUUAUGCCCCCGAAGGGAGGCAUAUAGUUUUUGAACCGUCUGUCGGUCUGUCGGUCGGUCUGUCCGCAAUUUUCGUGUCCGGUCCAUAUCUUUGUCAUCGAUGGAUGGAUUUUCAAAUAACUUGGCAUGAAUGUGUACCACAGUAAGACGGCGUGCAGUGCGCAAGACCCAGGUCUGUAGCUCAAAGGUCAAGGUCACACUUAGAUGUUAAAGGAUAGUGCAUUGUUGGGCGUGUCCGGUCCAUAUCUUUGUCAUCGAUGGAUGGAUUUUCAAAUAAAUUGGCAUGAAUGUGUACCACAGUAAGACGACGUGUCACACGCAAGACCCAGGUCCGUAGCUCAAAGGUCAAGGUCACACUUAGACGUUAAAGAUCAUUUUUCAUGACAGUGCAUUGAUGGGCAUGUCCGGUCCAUAUCUUUGUCAUUCAUGCAUGGAUUUUAAAAUAACUAUGCAUGAAUGUGUGACACAGUAAGACGAUGUGUCACGCGCAAGACCCAGCUCCGUAGGUCAAAGGUCCUAAACUCUUAACAUCGGCCAUAACUAUUCACUCAAAGUGCCAUCAGGGGCAUGUGUCAUCCUACGGAGACAGCUCUUGUUUAUCAAGUUUCAAGGCUUCUUUAAAAUAAGUUUUUUUUUGUAAUGGUUCUCUUGUUGAAUAUUUUAUUUGUUCAUCAUUGUGCUGAAAGCUUUAAACCCAUGUCUACAGAAGUAAGGCAUAAAAGCUUAGUAAGUAAAAUCAAAAGUAGGGGUGUUUUUAAGCAAAAUCACUGGGCUUUAUUUCACCAAGGUGAACACAAUCUCGCGUUGGAUUUUAAAAAUAACAAAAUUAUCAACAUAUUAUUAAAUUAAAAUAUUGAAAUUUUAAAGUUAGUUAUCUGAAAAUAAGGAUAAAUGUUGAAAUUUAAGAUGAAGGGGAAAUUUGUCCAGCUUGGCCAUUAAGCAGGGGGAUUUUAUCCACCUUGAUAAAAUUAAGCAGGAGUGACUAGGGGGUGGGGGAAUUCUAUAUGUAUUUCAGUAAUACAAGGUAGUAUUUAAUCAACAAAUAGCAGUGAAAAGUGUUUAUUGAACUCCGAUGCCAAAUUGUAGCAAUGCUAGUGUACAUUUUAGAAUAUGAAUUACAGUUCCUGUUCUGGUUACUUCUUACACAUAAGUGUGAGUACAAUUAGCAGUUUAAAUCAAGCUGUUGUUAUCGAAAAAUUGUUGAGUUGUUUUUGUUUUACUGUUAAUUGGACUGUUCUGUUAGUAAGUGCCCAUUGUUACUUUUUCUUUUACAGUACCUAGAUUUAUACAAUAUAGUGACUUUGUACAAAUUGAAACUUAUUAUUUACACUAUUUGGUUAUUUAACAUUGUCCUGUGCAUGCCGCAUGUUUUGACAAGUACCAAUUUGAAACAACAUUGGCUGACCCAAAAUGCUUUUCGGAUCGGUACAAGUUGUAAUACAUAUGAUUUUAACAGGACAGUAUUAUAUAAUCUUUUUAUUCUACACUUACUUUUCUCAGUACAAAAGGAAUACAAUCAGAGGGGUACCAUUCCUUAAAAAGCAUGGUGUCAAGUGUUUUUUGUUGCUGAGAUUGGCUUUUAUUGUUUAGUUUAUAUGGAAAUUCAAUUCAAACUUGAAUAGAUUGUAUCCGACACAGAGGUCUCGUGGUAUAAAUGGGAAUCUCUGAUUCUCUGAAGGGAAAAAUAGGAAUAGAUUACUUUAGUUACGAUUUGAAAAAAACAAAGUGGUGAACUUGAUUAUUCAGAUGUCCCGUUAAGAAGCUCAUAUAUUAAAUCCAAAUGUUUUUUUUUUUUUACAAAAUAUGUUUUAAAAUGUGAAAACUAUAACAUGCAUGAAAGGUCUGAAAUGUUUUGUACCUGUUCAUAAUCCGGCGAUGUAUAGUUUUUCCUUGUAAAAAGGUUCAUCUUUGUCUCAGAAAGCAUGUUAAAUUUAUCAUUUAUUAUAAGCCAGAAAUAUUUUUUUGAGUUAAGGCCCCUUGAUUAAUUUUUUAUAAUCUCAUUAUCAACUACCAAUUUAAGGUGCACUUAGCCUGGAAAUCCUAUCUGAAAAUUUCAUCUUUUUUGGAGGUAAAUUGACAUUUUACAUAAUAUAAGAAACUUGGUCAUGGUCAAUUAACACUUGUUAGUGGUGUGUUUAAUUCACAAUUUUUUUUUUUUGUAUGGACAAAUCAGAAAUUAUCAAGGUUUUCCAGGUUAGGGAGGCCUGUGUUUAUUGGAAACGUACCUAGUUUCAUUGAAGUCCCGCUUGUGUCUCGCUCAGUAUUAUGAUAUUGAUGCCAUAUAAAGGUUGGUUAGUUUAUUUAUCUGUUAUACCUUUUUGUUAGUAUAAAGUUGGUUGUGUAUUCAUGCUGAUAUUGUAACUAGCUAUUGACAAGCUUUUAUGCUUCAGAGUAAAUCAAGACUUUUUGGUCAUCCAGUUUCAUGUUUUUGUGUAAAAUCCCGAUCAUAAAUUUGGUAUUUCCGUAUCAGUAAAUAAGAAAUGCUCCAUUUAAGACUGUAUAUCUUGAAUCUGCAAUGAAAAAAAUUCAGUGAAGGCUGGCAGUAGAUGAAAAUUCAAGAAUAUCAGUAAUAAAAUAUUGAUUUAGUUCACAGUUUUGAGAUUUCAACAAUUAUAUAACACCUUGAAAUUAAGAGUAGCCUAAGUUUAAACAGAUGUACCUUUAUUAAGUUAAUAUAUUUUUCAUCAUAAAUUUUUGCCAAAAUCUUUAUAGAUGAUUAUUAUUCUGAAGAAAAGUUGCAAUAGACUUGAUAGAUGUUUUAACAGUGAGUUGAGAGAAUGUAUGUAAAAUCAUGAUUUUAUAAGGUCGUGGAAAUGCUUAUUGACUGAUAUAUAUUGCAUACAGAAGCACAGCAUUCCACAAUAAAUGUAUGUUUUACAAAUUUAUAUUUAGUUCUAGAAAGUUCAGUUACAAGUUAUGUUUACAUAUAUAUGAAAAAAUCAUCAUAAGGGGGCCAGGAACCAGGCAUUAAAAAAAAAAUGUAAGAUUUGUACCCGGUUUGACAUCAUUUGCCAUAUGCUGUAACAAAUGUGUAAAUACCUAAAAUCCCAUUUUAAGCUCUUCUGAAUUCAAAUAGACACAUUCAAGGUAAUUAUAUUUGGAUUGUUCUUUAUUUCUUUGUACAAUUUCUUGUUUGUUAAGGACGUGUUGUGAAAGUACCUUGUGGUAAAGUGUUAUAACAUCAUCAGUAGAUCACGAAGGAAUGACAUUUCUUGUGAAAACUGGAUUGACUAUUGUUUUUAACUUACUUAAACUUCUAUAUCGUUAUGAAAUUUGUGGAAAGUUUAGCAUGUAGUCAGUCGGCAUUCUCAUCUGCAGUAAAUUAACCACUUAAAUAUAGAACAUUGGAAAAGACCAUCCUAUUCAAUUUCUUUAAAAAAAAAAACAAUUGGCAGAUUAUUGAAAUAUAUGUUCCUUCUGCCUAAGACAAUACAUAUAUACUUUAUGAGUUUGAAGUAAAAAUGAUCAGCAAGUGAUGAGACUAUUAGUGUUAAUUAAAGUUUUAAACCUAGUUUCACAACUAGUUGGUGAUCUGCAAGAUGACUUUUAAAGGGGCGUACCUCAAGAUGAGCAAUUUGAAGUACUGUAGGAGUGCUUUUUUUUAAAAAACUUAAUGGCUUGUAUGUCACAUCAUUUUUACAUUUUAUUUACAAUAAUUAACUAAUUAAAGCAUUUUCUUGUUACAUACUGUGUCAUUUAGUUACUUUCUAGUUACAUCUACAAAUUUUCAAAAGUUUAGAAAGUCUUUCACAAAUCUUGAAGUGUGCCUCUUUAACUAGAUGUAUUUGCAGAUGAAUAAUUAUGGUACUCACUUGUUACAGGUUUGGAAAAAAAAGUUCUACUGACAAAAAUGUUUGGUUCUCUCCCUUUAAUGUAGGUUGCUAUUAAAAGUCCUGUUAUAUGCUACAGUUAUCUAGUUGUUUGUUGAUAAAUAGAAAUUAUUUAUUUUAUAAGUUUUACAUGUUGACAAAUACUGUAUUGAUGAAAAUAUGUUCAGUGAUCUGUAUACAGUUCUUUGAAAAAAAAUCACAUUAUAUUAAAAAAUUUCUAAAAUUCAA